GCCCUGCCCUGCCUGAGUUUGCAGUUGAGUGCGCCAGGGCAGCACUGCUGGAUUAUAUAACUGUAAUGUACUCACGGGUUUAAUAGCGCAAGAACAGAAUAUCGCGCCGCAGAUCUGUGGAUUCAUAGCGGAAUUAUACUGAUGUCGCAUGCGAGUGAGCGAUCGAUCACUUUUUCCUCCUACCGACGACGUGCGUUAAAAGUUAUCGACAGAUCUGCGAAACGGCGCACACGGUGCACGUCGCCAGCUCCAGCUAGGUCAACGACGUUGUUGACUUUAGUUAUAAAAUAGUUGAUAUUGCGGACGAUGUUUUCUUCCGUACCGGGAGAUAGAUGGCAAUAAAUUCAGUUGACAUUUCACCACGCAAUAUUACUGCAAGGAAGGAGUGCUAGUCAAGAGCUCGACUGUGUGGAAAUUGCGUUAUUUCUCACUUUUUUUCUCCAACUUGGACUGACUGGAGAUGACCUAAUCGGCGGAGCGUAUUCCUCUUUCACUACAGGAUAAAGAAAUGGAUCAGGGUGGACUAAAGCGCAACGGUAAUCAAGACGACAGCCUGACAUUUGGGAUGACAGGAGCCGGAGUAGGCAGAGAUACGGAUGACACAGCUGGUUCACGGCUCCAGUCUGCAACGCACCUGUCUGGCCCCGGGUCUCUGCCCCAGCCCACAGUGGCCCCAAAUGGACAGGGUGAAACCAAAGACCAGGGGGAGCUUGGAGGCCUCUUUGAGUCCCCUCAGCAUCAUGUCCUGUGUGAGGGGUCAGACAUAGAGGAGGGUAAAAUCAUCAAAAUGCAGAAACAACACCGGGAUAUUGGUGUUUUCAACAUGGAGGACAACUUGCCGCUGUUGAAACAGAGUAUUUCCGAUCUCAACCAGAUGUCCACCUCUGUCAUCAGCACCUCAGUCUCCUCCAUCCUUGGCAACCUCCCUCUGCCCAACCUUUUUUCCCAGCACAUCAAGCAGGAGGGGGAUUCUUCUCUGGAUAAAGACUUGGAAACUUACAGUGGACACACAGUCGCUGUUCCGUGUGAUUUGGAUGGCAACAGCAGUGGCCUAAUCGAGGAUACUGAGAUUUGGCAGGACCUGGACCUUUCUAAUUCUCUGCCAGAAAUCAGUGAUUUUGAGUUGGAUUCAGAAGUGGCACACUUGGAUAACAUCCUAAAUUACAGCAGGGGUGGUGGUGGUUCGGUCAGUGGCUUGCUUACGGAAACAAAGCCUCUCGUGGGUAAUGGAGUAAACUGUACUAAUGUGAACGGCACGGGCCAGCAGCACCACCCCAUACACCAGCAGCACCGCCUUCUACAGCAACAGCAACAUCAGCUUCACCAUCAGCAGCAGCCUGCAUCACUUCUCUCCAGCGUUAUGAUUAAGGAAGAGAAGGAUCCCGACAACUCUUUCACCCACAUCCGUACUCCCGGUGUUGUGAAACUGGAGAAGCAGGACAGCGCUGGUUGCUGCCAGUCGCAGUGUCUCCAGAGCAGCAUGAGCUCUCCUCAUGGAGGAGGCGCCAUGCCGUCGUCUAUGGCCCUCAGUGCAGGACCUAGCUACCACUACAGAGCCAACCCGUCCUCCACAGUGUCCCAACAAGACCAGGAGCCUUUUGGCAUUUACCCAAACCUCCCUCUGGUGGGGGAGAACUGGGCCAGGGGCAACAGGUUUGGAGAGUUGUCCGGGUUACAGAGGGGUGACGAUGGGAUCCCCUCCGCCGCAGCAAAUUUUUCUGUCAGCUUCUCCAGCUUGUCAACCAGAGCAGGAGAGACCAGCAGUUCUGUGGUGCCGAGCCAAUCCAAGCCCAGUGGGCAGACGCAUAAGAUCUGUUUGGUGUGUUCAGACGAGGCCUCUGGGUGCCACUACGGGGUUGUAACCUGCGGCAGCUGCAAAGUGUUCUUCAAGAGGGCCGUCGAAGGAUGGAGAGCACGGCAAAAUACAGAUGGACAGCACAACUACCUGUGUGCAGGGAGAAAUGACUGCAUCAUUGAUAAGAUCCGGAGGAAGAACUGUCCAGCCUGCCGCUUCAGGAAAUGUCUUCAAGCUGGAAUGAACUUGGAAGCGAGGAAAAACAAGAAGAUGAUGAAAGUGCCACGGCCCCCCCAUCCGUCCCCAGUCGUCCCCACCAUGCUGUCUAUGCUUAAGGCCAUUGAGCCAGAGGUCAUCUACUCGGGCUAUGACAGCACACUGCCUGACACCUCCUCGCGGCUGAUGACCACUCUCAACAGGCUAGGGGGACAGCAGGUCAUCUCUGCAGUCAAGUGGGCCAAGUCCCUGCCAGGUUUCCGUAACCUGCACCUGGAUGACCAGAUGACAUUGCUGCAAUGCUCCUGGCUCUUCCUCAUGUCCUUCAGUCUCGGUUGGAGGUCCUAUGAGCAGUGUAACGGUACCAUGCUCUGCUUCGCCCCUGAUCUCGUCAUCAACAAAGAACGUAUGAAGUUGCCCUUCAUGAACGACCAGUGUGAGCAGAUGCUGAAAAUCUGUAAUGAGUUUGUCAGACUGCAGGUGUCCUAUGACGAGUACCUGUGCAUGAAGGUCCUGUUACUGCUCAGUACAGUACCGAAAGAAGGCCUGAAGAGCCAGGCAGUGUUUGACGAGAUCAGGAUGAUGUAUAUCAAGGAGCUGGGAAAAGCCAUCGUCAAGAGAGAGGAGAAUGCUAGUCAGAACUGGCAGCGUUUCUACCAGCUAACUAAGCUACUGGACUCCAUGCAGGAGAUGGUCAACGGUCUUCUCCAGAUCUGUUUCUACACCUUUGUGAAUAAAACCUUCAGUGUGGAAUUCCCGGAGAUGCUGGCAGAGAUCAUCACCAACCAGAUACCAAAAUUCAAAGACGGGAGCGUCAAGCCUCUGCUGUUUCAUCAGAAAUGACUGCCUUAAACUGUGAAGCAAUGCCUUAAAUCCUGCCCGUGUACCUCUCUGGGGCCCCAAGCUUUCGCCCUAAGCCUAUGCUUGUCCUGCCUCCCCCAUCACAUUUGAUUCCUCUGUUUUCCCAGGCCCUCUCUAGGAGUUCUGCCAUGCCCAUCCAAGCCUCAGCCAUUCAGCCUUAUCAUGGAGCAUGAUACCUGUGGCCUCACACCUCCCAAUCUGGUCCCAGGUUGGGCCAAAUUUCGGUAAAACACCCUACCACCGACCUGUAGCCCUUCCUCUUGGCUAACCAAGAAGAAAUUGUUCUCCAGGGAAAAUGUGUUGGCUCUGAAUGUCCUGUGGGCAGGAUGCAUUUUAGGCAAUCUAUUUUUUAUUUUUCUAGCCCCCUUACCCCCUCCUCCGUCCAGGGCCCUGUCCUCAGGUUUCUAAUGCUGUUUGUUUUGUUGGCUGCCUGCUUCUUACUCUCUCCUGACUCCAGUGUUUUAUUGCUGUUUUUACUGACGAGCCAACACCUGGAAAUACCUUUUCACCCUCAACAUGACACCUUAUAUACUGUCCAACUCGCUGGAUUAGAAACCUAUUGAAGCUCCUUCCAAGUUCAAGCCUACUGUACCUCUGCUCAUCUGCCCCGCUUGUCUCUGUUUGCCCUCCCUAGCUCCAAUGCGAAUGUAGUGAGAGUUCACUUGUUGUGGUUUCCAGAGGACUGUUGGCGAUGAAGGGGAUAAACAAAAACUCAAAAACAAAUGGAAAAAUAUGUUUUCUUCUGGACCCAAGGACAUUGAGGACUAACAGUUUUCAGCUGUGAAUCAGUUAUCAUUUCUGAAAUGAUAUGCAUCAGUUUCAUAUACCUGACCAAUGGAAGAAACGCUCUAGGAUUUUAUUAAUUUAUUUUAUGCAGACACGCAUUUUUGACCACUCAUGCAAAAGUCACGCUUACACACACACACACACACACACACAAACAUUCAAAGAAUUCACAGACACAUUCACUCAACAAAACGUUUACACAGGAUGUAACUGAGAAGGGAAAAACAGUGCCUUUUAGUAUUAAUGCUCUUCAUAGCCAUCCUCUCUGAACGGUGUUUUUUUUUUUGCAUUUCAAAUUCACAGAAAAAAGACAGGGAAAGUAUAAAACAAAAAAUGCUGUUCAUGUCCCAAAACACAUUUUAUGUCUUUUUUUCUCAUGUAGAGUAUAUAUAUACAAAGUUACAGUACCCAGAUUAUAUGAACACAUAAUGUUGAAUACACAUCCAAAUACUUUAACAAGCUUAUAAGAAAAUGCAACCACAUUGGUGCUAAAUGGACACUUCUGGAAUAAACAAGGCUUAUCUGAUUUGUAAUAUUGCGGGGGAGAAUGACUAACUUAAACAUGUUUUUAGAUCUCGGUAUAAUCAGUGAGUUGUUAAUUGGAAUCAAAUUUGUUUACAAACUUUUGCAAUUUAUUCAGAUGCAAUCGCACAUAUGGGUUAUUUAAAACUAAAUUGCUUUGAAAGAAACAUCCAAGACGUCUGUGUGUUAAUACAUAGCCGUAAUGAUUCAAGCAAACCUGGCUUAAAGUUAAAAUCGUCCUUUCAUUGCCAGCUGCUUUUACGCUAAGGUUCUAGUUCAGUAAAUGGUUUCAUACAACUUUACUUUAAAAUGGGGACUUACCUGGCCAAUCCCAGUAAGGUCAAAUGGGAAUGGAAAUUAUUUCAUGGUGUGUGUUGUAACCAACAGGAGUAAUAGAUUGGUUGGAUUUUCAAAAUAAGGUAGGUACCAUGAAGGUACCAUGAACAUAUGUAGUACUCCUAAAAGGUAAACAAUAAACACAUUAUUUGUGACAAAAGUAUUGUUUCACUCAAAAUACCAUUUUAGAUGAAAUCUAUCAGCUUCACCUCAAAUA